AUGUGAGAGCUUGACCUGAACUCGCCAUUUGCGAUAGCUGGAGUCUGGACGCUUCACAAUGAUACCUGCCAGGAUGCGACGAACGUAUUCCAAAGCAGAGGUUACACCGCCCUUCACUCGUCGGCCGAAUUCUCAAUGACAUUUCCGAAAAUGGGGAGACCCGUCAGGAGAUCGCCAUUGUCUGCCGAGGCGGGUCUCUUGACCUCUCUUCGCCGAGGGGUGUGGAUGGUGUACGUACUCGCAAUCUGUUCGCUUGGACUGGCGUGGGGGCAGGACGAAUGGGACUAACGACGAUGAACUCUGGAUGCCGCAUAAAGGUUCCAUAGACGUCCGAAAACAUCCUCCACAUGAUAUCUUUACCUUUGUUUAUAUACCCCUCACCCCCUACUUUACCAGGGACUCAUUCCUCCGUCCUAACUAUUUUGUUGUAAUUAUACCCUCUCUCAUGACCGCGACGAUAAGUGACGAAGAGACCCCGCUCUUGCACGAACAGCAGCACAAAAAGGCCCCGACGCCCUUACCAUGGGCGCAGUUCACCAUUCUCCUGGUUCUCCAGCUCGCAGAACCUCUCACGAGUCAAGUCAUCAACCCCUUUGCUCCCCAGUUCAUCAGGGACUCUGGGAUUACUCAUGGUGACGAAACCCGAGUUGGUUAUUAUGUCGGACUCAUGCAAUCUAUCUUCUUUGCUACACAAGCCAUGACUGUCCUUCAUUGGAGUCGAUUGUCUGAUCAUCUUGGUCGCAAGCCAAUCAUCAUGACCGGAUUAUUUGGCCUCAGUUUAUCUAUGUACUCAUUCGGUAUGUCGACGACCUACUGGGGUGCUGUAUUGAGUCGCAGUCUAAAUGGUGCACUUAAUGGUAACGUCGGCGUGCUUAAGAGCAUGGUGGCCGAAAUCACAGAUUCUACCAACCUCGCUCAGGCUUACGCUUAUUUACCUAUUGCUUGGGCCUCCGGACAAGCUUUGGGUCCCGCGAUUGGAGGCUAUCUAUCACGCCCAACAGAACAAUUCCCUGACGUCUUUGGUAAUUCUGAGUUCUUGAAAGAGUACCCCUACUUCCUUGCUUGUGCCGUCCCUGCGACCUUCUCCGCAGUGGCUUGGCUUGUCACCUAUCUCUUCAUUCAUGAGACUGUAUCACACCCUCUUUCACUUCGUAGCUUUAUCAAGCUACGCACCGGCAAGGCUAACUUGCAAUUGCAAAAUGAUGACGCCAGCCAGGACACCCUGGUCGAAGCCACUGACGAUAUUAGUCUCAAGAAGGACAUCAUCGAAAAUAAACCAUUCCCACUCAAGGCUCUUCUGAUCCCCCGUGUAAUCAUGUCUGCAUUCAAUUACGCUUGCCUUGCGCUCGUGGAUAUUACUCUUCGUUCAGUCCAACCCGUCUUCUUUGCUACGCCUGUCGAGCUAGGUGGUUUAGGCUUGCCGCCAUAUAUGAUCGGCAGAAUUUUGUCGAUUUUUGGCAUAUUGAACGGUAUCAUUCAGAUAUUUUUCUUUGCCAAGGUUCACAACAGGUUCGGUACAAAGAGAGUUUACAUCUUCGGCCUCGCUUCGGCCCUCGUCGUAUUUGCGUCUUUCCCCGUUAUCAACUUGCUCGCCAAAGUUGAACAAGAACACUCGUGGUUCGUCUGGGCAGCUGUUGGCUUCCAGAUCGUCACCUCCAUCAUCAUCAACUUCUCUUACGGGUGCAUAUUUAUUUAUAUCACCGCAUCGUCCCCUAACAAAGCCUCAUUGGGAACGGUGAACGGACUUGCGCAGGUCGGCGUAUCGAUCAUGCGUACCAUUGGUCCCGCAACAGCGAACUCCCUAUUUUCUCUGUCGAUCGAUAAGCAACAUCAUUACCUCGGAGGAAAUCUUGUAUACGUCGUGCUCGCAUUCAUCGCAUGUGUGUCGCUGAUCGUUGCUGACCGAUUGCCGAGCAAAGCUUGGACUCACGACGACGAUCUGUCGUCAUGAUGUGCAGCGUCCAUUCAUGGCUUCCUUUCCAUUUGUUUUCUUUUCCCUUCCAUCCAUUUGGCAUUUCACGACAUGAACUGUCUUUUGGGCGUUCCUAUUUUUUUUCCCACCUAGCGACACAUAUUGCAUUCUUCUGUGUUAUGACACAAGAUAGACUUCUCUUGCAUACUCAAUACAAAAGUAUUUUGCCAUCUAUUUGCAUUGUGUGAUAAUC